UGUACAUAUUUCAGAUAAUUAAUAAAACUGAUGUCAUGGCCCACCACAAAAUCGUGCGAGAGACGAAAGUCCUAGUAAAAAAGGUGCAGCAGACAGUGUGCCGCAUCUCGGGAGAAAGUUGCGAAGACUUUCACACCGAACUGGCAGUUCUUAUGCCAAUGCAGACCUUGGAUGCGGUCUUUGAUUUGGAGGAGAAGAUAUUAGAAAAAAAUUAUGAAGAUGCAGUUAUAACAUAUCUUUUCACUUUAAAGGGCACUUCUGGGGAUAUUGGCGAAGUUAUGAAGCGAGUUUUUGGCGACGAAGUCCUCAGUUUGUUCAAUUGGGAUGGGAGGUGCGGGAAGAAAUCGCUUUCAGAAUUAAAAAUAGUUAGCGUGGCUCUAUUUGAAAUUUUCAAACUGCAUGGACGCAUCGACUUCGAAAAGGAAGUCCGAAAGAGCGUUGAGCAAAGCCACAACAGGCAAAAGCAAAAACGCUAUUUGCUGAACAAAAAAAACUUAUAACAAAAUUGUAAAUUUUUCUUAAAAUACUAAUAUAAAAGAAAACAUACAA